UGAUAUUGAUGGUUGUGGCUGUGAAGGAAUUUCCCUACUCAUUCCCCAACAAGCUAGCUAGCUAGCUUUGUGUGUUCGUUCUAGUUCUACUCGACCUUCAGCGCAGUAUGAGAGUGCUUAUUGUGACAGCCUUGCUCAUCGCUUUGAGCUCCGUCUCAGGUACGACGCUCGAGGUGGGUUUUCUACAAACCACGUACACGGUCAUGGAGGGGGAGGACGCUGUCAUAACGUUCGGCCUUCUCACCGACCCUACCCUUUUAACGGCAGAUGACUUUGCGGUCAUUGAUAUUGAAGUAGUCGCGGACACUGCCACUUCCUCUGUGGACUACGACAGCUCGGGUUCGGCUAGCGGGUUCUACUUUAUUGCUGUGGGCGGGGCCACCAGCUCGUUCACGAUACCCACCACCCUCGAUACUGAAAUCGAAGGCAGUGAGAGUUUUGUAGUCAGACUGGCUUUCAGUCAGGGCGUGGGAGAUGUAGCAGGAGAUUUUACAGUAAGGGAAUCAAACCGUCAAGCAACUGUGAUCAUUCAAGAGCCCAGCGGAAAUGAACAGCAACAACUGAUCUGCUUCUGUUAUGACAACUUUUCACUGUUACCGUGUGAACGCGAUGAUAACAAUACCUGUACGAUCAGUACUGGUCAAUGUGUGGCAGAGUUCACCAUAUUUAGGGAUGCAGUCACUGAUGAGUAUGCAGUCAGUGAGCAGUAUGGUUGCUUUGAUUUGGAACAAUUGAGAGUAAUUGAUGUUUGCAGUGGAUUAUUCAAUAAUGAUAAUAAAUUAUUUCUGUGCUGUGAUGAUGAAAACCAAUGCAAUCGACAGUUCAUUGGACGGAACCCCUUCACCACACCACCUCCAGUAACCACAGAAAGUGGCACAGAGGGCAGUAGUAUGGUGGUCCAAAUCGCAGUCCCCAUCUCAGUUGUCGUUCUACUAAUGGUUGUCAUAGUAACUAUUGUAAUUGCCGUAAUAAUCAUCCGUUGCCGUAAGAAACGUAUGGAACAAGCUCAUAGAGGAGACGGUGUCGACAACAAAGUAUUAUGUGACCUGAAAGUUGCAUUCCCAUUGGACGAAUACACUGACCCCUUCGGUAGCGGGUUCAGUAUGUCACAUCUAAAACUUGGAGAAUCGAUUGGCACCGAACGAUGCGGACAAGUGUUGCUAGGCGACUAUCAAGGGGAAAAAGUAGUCGUAAAAAAAUUCUAAUAUUAAUCUUUUUGCUUGUACCGAUAUUAUAGUAGUCUCUCUCUUUGUGUGUACCAUGCAUUACAGUAUAAUUAGAGGUAGGUAGCUUACCCGUACACAUUUUUUUCUUUAUUCCUCCAAUUACUACUGUCAUUGAACGAUUAAUACAGUAUUUUAUCUAUUGUGAUAAAAAAGAAAAAGGAGACCCUG